AUGUCUGGCUCCGGCAACAAUUCGCGCUUCACUGCGCCGAACCAGACGACCGAGCAGCGACUGUCGACCAACGUCGUGGGUCUCGUUGAGCUGUCCGACUUCCGCAAGCGGCGCGCCGCGGUUCUUGAGCAGCAGGAACGUGAAGCGCGUGAGGCGGCCAAGGCGGGAUCGACCGAAGAUGCGAGUGACGGGAACGGAGGAACCGGGUCAGCGACCCCCGACGCCGGCCGCGAUUCGCCAGCGGGAACAGGCGACGCAGCAGCCGGUACAGGCGGCAGCGAGGCGGAGGGUGGCCCGGCCAAGAAGAAGACGAAGACCAAGGACGGCAAGAGCAAGAAGAAAAAGGGUGGCAAGACGAGCAAACUAUCCUUUUUGGAGGACGACGAAGGCGACGACGAAGACGGUCACGGUGACGACGACGUCGAUCAUAAGAAGAGCAAGGCCAGCGCGAAAGAUUCGACCUCGUCCUCCCUGUCGCCCUCGCCGUCGAGCACGAGCGACCUGCCUCCCAUCAAAUCGUUCACGCAACAAGCACUGCGGCGGCAGGCAGCCGAGCGUGAAGCGCUGCGCAAAGAGUUUUUGGCGCUGCAGGCGGCCGUCAAGGCCAGCGAGGUGGCCAUUCCCUUUGUCUUUUACGAGGGCGCCAACAUCCCCGGCGGCACGGUGCGCGUCAAAAAGGGCGACCAUGUGUGGCUGUUUCUGGACCGCAGCCGCAAAGUGGGUGCGCGCCUGGGUGUCGGCGAGAAGCGGUUGAGCAAGGCGCGGCUGCACUGGGCGCGCAUCAACGUGGACGACCUGAUGCUGGUCCGCGGCAAUCUCAUUAUACCCCAUCACUAUGACUUUUAUUUUUUCGUCAUCAACAAGACCCUUGGCCCUGGCGGCGAGCGGGUAUUCAACUAUACCAACGAGGCGCCGACAACGGCAGCACCGAUGGCCCCUCUCACGACGCCGCGCAACAGCGUGAAAAAGGACGGCGGUGGUGAUGGUGAGGCGGCGGCGGCGGCGGAGGACGAAGAUUUUAGUCACCUCGAAGGGGCCGACGACGAUCCGGGCCUCACAAAGGUUGUCGACCGCCGCUGGUACGAGCGCAACAAGCACAUCUUCCCGGCGAGUCUCUGGCAGGAGUUUGACCCGGAGGAAGACUAUGUCCACCAAGUGCGGCGCGACCAGGGCGGCAAUGCCUUUUUCUUUACCCCCAAGUGA